AACAGCUACAGCUUUUAGAACAUCGUGCAUUAGUUUCUAAGUACCACCUGGCACCUAACUUAAGGUAUAAUUCACCUGAUAAUUCGUACCAUCUUGUCGUCCAACUCCUGGUCUCAUGGCUCCUAUACGGGCAUCAGAUUGGAGGAAACUCCCCUUAAGCUUGACUGACCUCUGCAUCGAGACGACUCUUCGUUGCGGACAGUCUUUUCGAUGGCGUAAAAUAGAUGAUGAGUGGAACUGUGUUCUCUAUGGAAGACUGCUCUCGUUAAAGCAGGAUAAGCAUCAUCUUCAUUAUAAAGUAACUUCGACCAAUGCCAUUCCACCUGUGUUAACGCCUCCGGUAUCUGCCAAGGGUGAACCUGAAGCCGAUGGUGAUGGUGUUGGUGUCGAUGUUGAUGAUACCGAAUCACUUCUAAGACACUAUUUUAGCUUAAAGAUUGAUUUGACAGCCCUCUAUAACCAAUGGUCCAAGUCCGACCCAAACUUCCGGAAGAAAGCUCCAAAAUUCACAGGAAUCAGGAUUCUCAACCAAGAUCCAUGGGAGGCACUCAUCGCAUUCAUCUGUAGCAGCAAUAAUAACAUAUCCCGUAUUUCUCAGAUGGUUCAUAAACUUUGCAAAUACUACGGCCCACUCGUUGGACACAUUGGAGAUGAAGCCUUUCAUGACUUCCCCACACCGCAAGCGCUUAGCGGGAAGAAAGUAGAAGCUCAUCUAAGGGAAUUGGGGUUCGGUUAUAGGGCCAAAUACAUUGCCGAGACAGCCCGUUUGGUAUGUGAGGAGAAACCAGAGGGGUGGCUUGAAAGCCUCAUAAAUCCCGAAAAUCCAGGUUGGUGCAAAGUGGUGACGCCCAAAGCCGCGGAGGUGCCCACCUAUAAGCAUGCCCACGAACAGCUCCUCCUUCUCUCAGGUGUUGGCCCAAAAGUCGCAGACUGUGUUUGCUUGAUGGGUCUAGGCUGGGGAGAGGCAGUCCCUGUGGAUACGCAUGUGUGGCAGAUUGCCCAAAGGGAUUAUAAAUUCGGAAAGAUUAAGUCAAAGACCUUCUCUAAGGCCAUGUAUGACUCCGUCGGGGACCAUUUUCGGAGUAUCUGGGGUCCGUAUGCGGGUUGGGCUCAGUCGGUGCUUUUCACCGCGAACCUGAAGUCGUUUUCGGAGCAGGCUUCUGCUAAAGCCGAAGUUGUUGAUGUGAAAGUGAAAGUGAAAGUCGAGGAAGUUGGAGAUGCUGCAGCGGUUGGACCUCUGCCCCGUACCCGGAAAAGACGUCAGGUAGUUGUAACCGAAGCCGUGAAGAUUGAAAGCAAUACUUCCACAGAAACGGUACGAGCUAGCAAGAGGACGAGAAAAACCAUGAGUUAGUUCCAAGGAACUACCUUCAGCAUGUUACCAGGUACCAUUGCCCUUUUGAUAAUCAGCCUGGGACAGGAUAUAGGAGAGAUAUAGACAAGUUUCUUGCCGUUAGAAUCAGAAGAGAGUCAGCAAAGCUUAAACAUCGAGGGGAUUAACAUUGUCUAUAAUAUCAUAGUAUAGUCAAUCUAAACUAAUACCAAUUAAAAUUCCCUUAGAA